GCUCGGGGCGGUUGGUUGGAGCGUCGCCGCAGUCGAAAGGUCCGGGAAAGUUUCUUUGGAGGUCCGGCCCGGAGCGGCCAUGUCCCACGGUCCCAAGCAGCCCGGCGCGGCCGCCGCGCCGGCGGGUGGCAAGGCUCCGGGCCAGCAUGGGGGCUUCGUGGUGGCUGUCAAGCAGGAGCGCGGCGAGGGCCCGCGGGCCGGCGAGAAGGGGUCCCAGGAGGAGGAGCCAGUGAAAAAGCGUGGCUGGCCCAAGGGCAAGAAGCGAAAGAAGAUUCUUCCGAAUGGGCCCAAGGCACCGGUGACAGGCUAUGUGCGCUUCCUGAACGAGCGGCGUGAGCAGAUCCGCACGCGCCACCCGGACCUGCCCUUUCCCGAGAUCACCAAGAUGCUGGGAGCAGAAUGGAGCAAGCUGCAGCCAGCAGAGAAGCAGAGGUACCUGGAUGAGGCGGAGCGGGAGAAGCAGCAGUACAUGAAGGAGCUGCGGGCCUACCAGCAGUCAGAGGCCUACAAGGUGUGCGCUGAGAAGAUCCAGGAAAAGAAGAUCAAAAAAGAGGACUCGGGCUCCGGGCUCAUGAACACUCUCUUGAAUGGACACAAGGGUGGAGACUGUGACGGCUUCUCCACCUUCGAUGUCCCCAUUUUCACUGAAGAGUUCUUGGACCAAAACAAAGCGCGGGAGGCGGAGCUGCGGCGCCUGCGGAAGAUGAACGUAGCCUUCGAGGAGCAGAACGCGGUGCUGCAGAGACACACGCAGAGCAUGAGCAGCGCGCGCCAGCGCCUGGAGCAGGAGGUGGCGCUGGAGGAGCGGCGGACGCUGGCGCUGCAGCAGCAGCUCCAGGCCGUGCGCCAGGCGCUCACCGCCAGCUUCGCCUCGCUGCCUGUGCCGGGCACUGGCGAGACGCCGACGCUGGGCACGCUGGACUUCUACAUGGCCCGGCUGCAUGGGGCCAUCGAGCGUGACCCAGCCCAGCAUGAGAGGCUCAUCGUCCGCAUCAAGGAGAUCCUGGCCCAGGUCGCCAGCGAGCACCUCUGAGGAAUGGGCCGCUCACGACGCAGAUAAGCAGCUCUGGGCUCAUCUCUAUCCCCACCCCAGUGAAGGAGAGGCUGGGGGUCCCCCCUUAGGGGCUAGGCCCCAUUCUGCACCUUGGGGGCACCAGCCCCCCUAAAAUUAAAUUUCUACAAUAUCCCUUUAGCUUUCCGUCUCCCCAGCUUCUUGAACCCAGAGGAAGCACUGGGCAUUGGAGCUGAAGCCAGACCCCGUGGCCGCAGAGCUAGAGAGGCCUGCUCCCCUCUUGGGGCUGGCCGCAGGGCAGGACCCAGACAGGACUGCUGCACACCUGGUGGGGCUCCGUGGCCACCCACCACACGAUGUGGGACCCCGAAUUGCUCACCAAGAGGGCGGCACAGUGUGCCUUACAGGCAGGGGGCACCCUGGUGACCACUUUCACGGGUGGGCCCCCAAAUCCCUGCACCCCAGGGAAAGCUGUGCAAACCCCUUGUCCAGUAGAGGGACCUCGGGAGCCAGACCUUUCCCCAACUCAAUCCCAACAUCUGCAAUAAACACAGUAGAGUUUGCGUUCA